AUUGUAAACAUUCCUGCAUGUUGUGUUGUUCUCGCGCUGGCCGUACACAACGAAAUGCACGUGUCGUGUUGUUAGAAAAUCGUGAUAAUCUCGUGAAAAUCGUUAUCGUUAUCAUUGGAGAAUGGUGACCACCAUGUCCGACGACGAGCUCGAUCAGGUCGAUCCGGCAGCCCACCGGAAGCUGCUGGCCGGAAUCAGCAGCCUCGUACGAAGCCAAGAUGUCCAGAAGGCAACCCGCACCGAACCGACGGCAAGGAAGUCCGAAUUCAGCUUGGUCAAGGCCAGGUACAGCUCGGAGAAUGGCCAGAAAAAGGCUAAUCCGGCCAUCAAGGUGGACGAUUUGCUGGGGAUUUUGAAGAAAACGGAUAAAAACAGUGCUUUGGGCAAGGAGCUGGUGCAGAUCAAAACGCAAAAGAAAACGCUGAAGAAGCCGCUGGAAAAGCCGGUGGCGGAUCGGAUCGAACGGGAUACGCUCUACGGAAAGGCCCAGAAAGGAUUGGAUCUGUGGGAACCGGUGGUGACGGCGAGCGAUGUGGCCCCUCAGACGGUGUUUCCGUUGCAGUAUGGGAGCGUCGGGUUGGCCAAUGAGGCGCCGCAGAAGUUGUCUCAGUAUCGGGUGAAGUCCGAUUUGAUGAAGGCGAUGGAAGAGUUAGACCGGAAGUACCAGAAGGAAGAGGUGGAGGAAGAAGCGGAGGAUAAGUACACGCUGACGCUGGAAGAGCUGAGAGAAAAGAGGAAGGAAGCGGCGCGUCAGAAGAUGAGGGAGGCUUACAAGAUUGCUCGGGGGCGAAGGAUGAACAAGAUCAAGAGCAAAAAGUUCCACAAGCUGAUGAAGCGGGAAAAGAUUCGCAGUCAGAUCAAGCAGUUCGAAGAAUUGCAGAAGACAGACCCGGAAGCGGCGUUGAAGCAACUGGAGUUGAUCGAGAAGCAGCGAUACCAGGAGAGGGCAAGCCUUCGGCACAAGAACACCGGAUCGUGGGCAAAGAAUAUGCAGAUAAGAGCAAAGUACGAUAUGAACGUACGGAAGGAAAUUGCCGAGCAGUUGUCGAUCGGAAAGGAACUGAUGGCGAAACAGUUGGCCGACGAUGAAUCGUCGGAGUCCGGGGAGGACGAGGUGGUGGAGGAAGAUGACGAAGAGGAUAAUCCUUGGGUGCGCAGGAAGGGUGAGCACGAAGAGGAAGCUAACAAGGAGUUUACCAGUGGGUAUCGCAAGUACUGGGAUCAAAGAAAUAAGGUGAAAGAGGCGAAGAAGCAGAUGCAAGACGAAGAGAAGUCUGAGGAUGAUUUUGAGAGCGGAGAAGAAGACGGCGUGCAGAGCUCGAAUGACGAAGAACAAGAUGAUGCAGAUUCCGAGGAGGAACGUCAGCUGGAAGUUUUCAAGAAAAAGGUUAAAAAAUCUAAACCCGUUGCUACCAGCGCAUGGCAGGAGGAAGAUCUUAGUGGACCUGAAGAAGACCUUCCCACACCUGCUCCUGCCAAAAGAAAGAAGAAACCCAAUCGCAAGGAGUUGAACCUGGAGGAAAUGUUCGAUGAUGCCGAGGAAGCUCUCCAGAAAAAGAUCCAGGAAAAGUUGGCCAACGUUCGUAAUCUGACCGCUGCACAGAAAAUUUCGCGCGAUAGAAAGAAAGCCAAUAAACAAAAGGCCAACGAAGGGAAGUCCGAUCUGGCGUUUAAGAAGAAGGCUUCCCUUGCAGAUGCCGACGUGGAACUGGAUGAAUCGGCGGGGAAGGACCAAGAUGGCCGAGAUGAUGCCAUGCUCCCAUCGAAUAUCGCCAAAUUCUUCACGGUAGACAAGUUGGAGGCAAAGUCAUCCGAAACGCCUCCAGAAGUAGCCAUCAAUCCGAAACAAUUUGUACAGAUGAAACCGAAACACCUUCUGAAUGCCAUCCCAGAUCUUACCACCGGUGGUGACCUCUCCGAUGACGACGAAGAGCAUGAAGAUCCGGAACAGAACCAGAAACUCACCAUAGCUGAAGCCUUCGAGGACGACGACAUUGUGGCGGACUUCGAGCGCGAAAAGCAAGACGAGCGGGACCGAAACAAACCCAAAGAGGUGGAAACCUUUCUGCCUGGUUGGGGAUCUUGGGCCGGAGCCGGACUCAAACAGCGCCAGGUCAAUAAAACUCGCCGGAAGAUGUUCAAGCCGCCGCCGAAGGAACUUCCCCGGCGGGACGACAACAAGGAUCGGGUCAUCAUCAACGAGGAUGCCGCCGUGAGCAAACAGCUGUCCUCACAUCUGGUCAACGAGUUGCCAUUCCCGUUCGUGACCGUGAAGGACUACGAAGCGUCGCUGAGGGCACCGGUCGGACGAACGUUUAUUCCGGAGACGGCUCACUCGACGCUGGUGGAACCACGGGUGGUUACGAAGAUGGGAGCCGUCAUCGAGCCGAUGAAGAGGGACAUACUGCUGCAGGACGUGAAGAAGAGCUUCCGGGUUGGAGGUAAGCAGUACAACAAGGCGGUCAAGAAGUAUGAGGAGUUCUUGGAUGAAGUGCAGGGGUAAGUUGCUGUUGUGUUAGAUUUUUCUAUUUCAAAGUUUUUUAGGAAUAAAGUAAUUUAAGAAUUACAA